AUGAGUGUGCUUCAACGUCGUGCAAUGGGUGGCUCUCGGGUGUGUCGUUUACCUUCGAAGGCUCAGGAGCCCAUCGAGGGUGGAAUGAGUUGCCCCAGCUCACCGGCUGUGAAAAAGUCAUUUCGAUUGGUUGUAGUCGGAGCUGCGAGGACCGGAAAAUCCUCCUUAGUUGGCCGAUUUCUUGAUGCUGACUUUGAAGAUCGCUACAUUCCCACAAUUGAAAAUUUUUACAGAAAAUUAUACAAAAUCAAGAGUGAGGUCUAUCAACUCGACAUAAUUGACUGUUCAGGAAAUGAUCCAUUUCCAGCAGCACGAAAGCUUAGCUAUAUUUCAGGUGACAUGUUUCUGUUGGUCUCAUCUGUGGACAACGCUGACUCUGUAGCUCACAUGCUUGAUAUUCGGCAGCAAAUAAGCGACUGCAAAGCGUCACGAGGUGCUACCGGAGGUAGUGACACACCUUGUGUGUUCGUCUUGAACAAGGCUGAUCUUCCUGAACAUCGUUGGCAGAUUACCGAGAAAGAGGCGGCUGAACAGGUUGAGCAGGCUACAGGCUCGCACGAUGCGCUUGUGAUGUGUUCUGCAGCAAACAACCUCAAUAUCGACAAGGCUUUCGCCAAAUUAUUCACCAUGAAUAAAUGCCCGAAGCAUAUGAAUCCCGAACUACAUAAAAUGCUACGAGCUGAGCUAUCUGCUGAUGCCGAGAUUGGACGAAGGCAUAUUUUGAGGCGUAUGCGAAGUCGGUUUUCGAGAGAGCAUGAAGACCAACUCACAACGUAA